AUGUCUGAAGAAGAAGUAGAAAAAUGGACUCGAGAGGCACGAAACAAGGAACUUCAAAUGUCUCCCAGCUGCUCCAGCUUCGAAGUACUCGAUCCACAUGACCCUGUAAUCAGUCGUCUGGCCACUCAGUUGUUCAAGCGCACCAAUGACUAUCUUCAAGGCGAAAUGUCUGCUGGACAGGAUCACUACAACUUGCUGGAGGAAAUCAACAGAUUAACAAUCACCAAAUACGCUGAUCUUAAAAAUUUGGCAGUCAAUCUAAAUAAAACUCUAACAGAGUACAAUGAAAUGUACAAUCAGCAGAUCAAGCCGCUGUUGAUGCAAAUAGAUGACAUCGAUGCUCGGGUGUCGCAGUUUGAGGUGAAUGCGUACCGUCUGGACAGCUACACCAAACAACUGAAGGCUCGAUUCAAAGAACUGGAAGAAAAAUAG